AAAAUAUCAUUAAAAAAACUUCGUUUUCGAAAAUGUCGAAUCUAAUUAAUACAUUCGUUACCGUAAAUCAUAAUGACUUUACUUGGCCCUAUCCGAAGCCAUUACUCGCAAAACCAGCCCAACCACCGAUGGAUACCGGAAUUCGUUUAUAUGCUCCCCGUCCCGAUCCGGACGAUUGCAAUUGCAAUGCCCAUGGAUUCAACAGUGAUAUAAAUAAGUAUAAGCAGCUAGCAGACAAGGAGCGAAAACUUCAUGAUAGCAUUCUAGCGGUAAAUCGUGACAUGACGAAUCUCACGGCCACGUUGAUUGAGAGUCACUGUGACGUGGAUGAUGGAGUCAUGAAAAGCGUUUAUCAAACGGACUAUGAAAAACGAGGCUUGCCAAUUACUCGGUACAAACCACUAAUGGCAGCUGUGGAUUCGCUAAUCAGGGCGCCAAUAUCGUCUGCCGUAACAGACCUCAGAAAUGGAUACAGGGAUCCCACGAGAUUUAGAUAUAGUGCCAUUGAAAGGCCUACCAUAGAGCCAGCCAAGAAAAUCAACUUCGUCGAAGUUCCAGAGACAUUUGUUAUGUGGGCAGAACCAUUUACAGGACGUUCCGAAUAUAUGGACACUAUAAGCAAGAUGGGCUUGAGUAAUAUUAAAAAUCAGCAACAGUAUCUCGAACCCAUACCAUCCUCCAGGCGAAGAUUUGGUGAUGGAAAACUGUGAAAGACAAAAGGAACGUAUGCACAUAGGCAAAGUACAUCAUAAGUAAUAGUGAUUGUAAUUACUACGCAUUAUUCCCUCAGUUUCACUACCGCUAAUUAAAUAGCAGCUUAAAAAGACAAUACUAUAGAUUCACGUAAUAAAAUUGUAUUUAACGAACAAUUACAGUCAA